ACAAGUUUCAGAAGAUUUAACACAAAUCAGGGAAUCAGCUUCUGCUUCCUUUUUGACUAUAAUUUAUUACAAGUUAUGGGGCCAAACUUUAAAUUAAAGCUAAAUCUUUGAGAUGUGUGAAUUAGAGGACAGCUCUGUUUUUUCAAGCACAGAGGUGUUGUUUGGCAGUCAAACUUUGACUCAUUUUUCUUUCACUCUCACUCUUUCUCUCUCAGCUAUAAAAACAAUAUCUCAGUUCUGUCUGAAUCAUCGACGUUUGUAUCCCUCUCUCACUAGCUCAGAAACCCAUUUCGACUCUCUCUCUCUCUCUCUCUUGCUUGCUACAUCUCCAUGGCUGAAUAUGAAGAUGACGUUUUGCUUCCUCGUUUCUUCAAGGUUUUCCUCUCUGAAACGGGCAUUGAAUCAUUUGCGAUUCCUUUGUCUUUCAUGGAACAUCUUGCUGAUCCAUUGCCAAACACAGCAAAGCUCCAAGGCACUGGAGGAAAGGAUUGGACAGUGAGCAUGACGAAAAUACGUGACGGUGCGUAUUUUACAGAUGGAUGGUCAAAGUUUGCACGGGACCAUGAACUUGUGGACGGAGAGUUCUUGACCUUUGUGUACGAUGGUAACCGAACCUUUGAAGUUAGUGUGUUCGGUCGUUUGGGUUGUAAAGAGACCAGAGCUGAAGCAGAGACAAUUGAGCUUUCUGGUUCUAGUUCUGAUUCUGAAGAAGACGAAGAAGAACCUUCAAUGGAUCUUGAUUAUGACAUUAGCUUAGGUGAAGAUGAAGAAAUCAGCCAGAGUCUUUAUCCAUUGGAGGGGGAAGAGACUGAAUCUGAUGCUGCUGCAGUUUUUGAAGGGAACGUAGACAUUGCAGAGCUUACUAAUCCACACUUUCCAACUACCCUCAAGAACAGGAUUUAUGAACUGUUGAUUCCAGCCAAUAUUGUGAAAGAAAACAGCCUUGAGUUUGGAGAAUCCGUCAAGUACAUUGAUGAAGAAGGGACCUUAGUAGGGCUUAGAGGCAAAUGGGCAGAUAAUAGGGUUUGUUUCAAAGGAUGGGACAGGAUUUGCAGAAGGAACAAACUUAAGAAACAUCAAGAUACUGUUGAAUGCGAGCUUCUUCAUGACCGCAACAAAAUGGUUCAUUCCAUCAGAGUCCACGUCAUCCGCGGAACUGCUUGAUCCUCUCAUCACCAUCACUAUCAUUCUAUAACCAUCAUCAUCAUCAUCAUUAUCACCCAUAAGCACUUUGACAUGAGUUGCUAUGACUUUUGUUUGUUUAGGAGUGUUCUUAUGUUUCUUCUUAGGUUUUAUGAUAAGAAAAAGAAUAUGAUCUUUUUAUUAUCAGAACUAAGAUGGUACAAUUGAUUAGCACAGAGUUACUAGACGCAGCUAGAUCAUUCCUCUGGCUCCCUCAGAAGUCUCACAGCAUGACUCUCACAACCAACUAACAACCUUUUUAUAUCUCAAAGGACUCGCACGUGUGAACUUCUCCCACCGCACGUGCGUCUCAAGCCUCGCUUCUUCUUCUGAUAUACACUCUAUGGGGCUUAUCAA